AUGGCGCAACCGGCGGAGGGUCUAGCCUUGGAUACUACGGCGACCAAGACCUCGACCAAGACAUCAUCUGGUAAUUCGACGAUGUGGGAAAAGACGAAAGGAUAUUCCAGUACCGCCUACGAGAAGGCGCUGAAACCUGGCUUCAAUAAAGCCUACGCGGUUGUCGACAAGCUGGGAGCCCCGGUCAACCGCUUGUCAAAUAGAAUUGGCUCCGAAGCAUUCUGGCCUACCACAAUGGACAAGGAAUCAGAAAAGGCGGCUCGUAUUCUGCGUGGGUUCUGCAAAGACGGGUUCUAUGAGCAGAUAGAAGAGAAGGAGGCCAAAAAGGUGGAAGACCGGAACGCAACAACUGUGGGAGUCCCGCAAGGCACGCAACGGGUAGUAAAAAAGAUCCCAGCCAGUGUCAUCAAAAAUGCCGUCGGUUUGGCUAUUUUCACAACCAUGCGGACUGGGUGGCUUUUUGGUGGCUCCGGCGGUGCUGGCGUUCUCGUCGGAAGGCAUCCGGAGACGGGAGAAUGGAGUCCUCCUAGCGGCAUCCAGACUCAAAAUCUGUCCUUUGGAUUUCUUGCAGGAGUCGACAUCUAUGAUACAGUGCUGGUCAUCAAUACAUACGAAGCCCUAGGGGCUUUCACAAAAUGGAGGACUACCUUGGGGACAGAGGUCGGCAUUGCAGCCGGCCCCGUAGGAGUCGGCGGCGCUCUGGACAGUGAAUUGACAAAACGCCAGGCGCCUAUUUGGUCAUACGUCAAGAGUCGUGGUCUUUACGCUGGAGUCGCUUUGGAGGGGAAUCUUGUCAUUGAGCGGACUGACGAGAAUGCAAGGUUCUAUGGAGAACAGAUCAGCGUCACAGAUAUCCUUGUCGGCAAGGUUCGAUAUCCGCCGGUCGAGCAAUACCAGGUGCUUCUGGACACUUUGAAGGCGGCUCAAGGUGAACAAGUGGAUGACAGUUUGCUCCCCGAUGCACCGGCUCCGAGUGAUAUGGAGAUCCUUCCACAAGGAGGCGCUACUUUUGGCAUUCCGGCCGAGGACGAUCCAGAUCCGUAUGGAGUGAAGGCGCUAGAAGCUGAAGGGUUGAAUAUCCGCGAGGCUGGAACCCACCAAAGGCCAAGUGCAGAUGCCUUUGAAUUCAAGCCAUCGCCCACCAGUCCAAUCUACUCCCAUUUCUCACGCAGAAGCGUUGAUGGCUCAAUCCGGAGCCGGACCUGGAGAGAAAGCACGCACAGCCUCGCCAGUGUCGAUCGGGGUACCCAAACCGACGAGGAUGAAACGAAGAGUGCCGGGCAUAGUCCUCGACGGGACUCGCUAAGAGCACAUGAUCACCCAAGGAAACACAGCCAACUCGUUGAUGACACCGGCGAAGACCGACAAGAGCGGAGAGAAUCAUUCUCAGACGUAGAUUCGGAUGUCGAGGUCUCGACAGCUGUGCCGGUCAUGGCCCGUGCGAGAGUGGUCGAAGUUCCUAAACGUGUUCCUCCAGCAUUGCCACCACGGAAUCCUGGCCGGGUAGCAUCCCCUACCUCGGAAACACAGACGCCCGUUGAUGGCUUUGACAAGAUUGACUUGAAUGGCAACAACGAAGAAAAGCACGAGGGCGACCACGUUCUCACACCCGCAUCUACACAUGAAGCCACGGACUCUGCGUUCCAUUCUGUACCAGUGACGCCCACUGAGGAGUCAAAGGGGCACCCUAACGAUAUACCAGGAUCUUUUCAAUGA